UGAAACUGUAGCAGCAUUUCUCAAAAACUGCAGUCACUGUGCUGCAGUUCAGCAGGACUGCAGCACAGUGAUUGUGCCGGCCUGUCUUUAAGAAAAAUGACUUUUAAAAUUAGAAUUUGUCAAAAAAAAAACUUGCAGUUCAGCCGUGAAAGCAGCUCCUCUAGUCUGAGGCGACUCUCUCUGGAAACCGCCAUUCCAAGUGCGGCUGAGUGCCCCUACGCUUUGUGCGUCUCCCACUCAGUGCUGUGCUGUUAAUGCAGGGCGUUCAGCCUCCUACACACACGCGCAUACACACACACAGACACACACAGACUCACACACACGCACGCCGUCUCAUCAUGUUGCGGCUCUGCCGCCUCCUGGAGAGCCGACACACUUCACACAAGCUCCAGCUGGGCUUUUCUGCCGUUUGAUCUGGAAAUAGUUCGGUUCUUUCUGUUUGGGUACAGAAUCUAUGCAUCACGAGGGCCGCAAAUGAAAUAUUAACUUGAUUUGGUCAAAGUGUUUGCUCACAGAGAUAGAACCGUCUGGUCAGAGGCGGUCCUGGCUAGUUUGACGCCCUGGGCAAAACACUGGAGGGCACCCUCACCCCCCCUUUCCAGCCCCGCCCCCAAUAACUCAAAGCCUGCAUCCAUGCAAAAACAAACUGUAUCUUUUAUUUUACUCUAUUAAUCAUAUAAGCAACAUAUCGUAGUUGAAUUCACAGUUAAGGUCUAGUAUUCGGUCGUUCACACGCAUCAGUUUGGGUUUAUUUCUGGUUCUGGUCAAAAUGUCCACUUUUUUUUUCUUGAGCUGAAUACAAACCUGACAUCAAUUAUGAAUGAAUAAAUCCACAACCUUGAAUUGACUUUUCCGUCUGUCUAAGCCCCGCCUCCGCCUCUCUACCUGCUUGUCCUCCACCUGUUCCCAUCUUCACAUCCGCAAAGUUCUGUCAUGACAGCAGCAAGUUGACACCAGUGGGGCACCCAAACGCGAGUUUCAUUAACCAUACGGGGAAGCGGGCAGCUCAAGUCUGGGUGGAUAAAAACAUUUUUUUGGGGCACCCCCUACAAGAUUGCGCACAUCGCCCAUAGGAAAAACCGCAGGAAAAACCACCACUGCGUCUGGUUUUACCAAACAUUCUUCACUGUGUUCUCACCGUGGCUCCGGCUGCCUUUGCCGCUCAGAGGAGCUGAGUUCUCCUCCUUUCGUGGAGGAAAAAAGAUGCACGUGUUUGCUGGUUCCACGCCGCCCUGCUGCUCCAGUCCCCGCAGACUUCUGGGUGUGAACGCCAGAGGGCGCCAGAGCAGGCUGGACUGCUCUGAGGAGCUCAUCAUGGCGUUUGGAGGAGCAUUGGGGGGAGUAGAUGAGUGGAUGUCAGAGACCUGAACUUCAGCUGAUCCAGACAUGAGGAGGGAGGAACGCAGAAAUGACGAUCCAUCGAUCAGUCUCUAAGAUUUUUUUGGAUAUGAGGUGAAUUAAAGGUUUAAAUGAAUGUUUAGGUUCCAGAAGGAGGUCGCUCAUAUAUUUCAGCGCGUUGGAUCAAGGAUUGCCGUAAGCCCGGAUCUUUCAGUGCUGCUUCAUCUGGCGCUGCUCGACUGAGCCAUGCUGCCGCAGGACGUCCGGAGCCACAAGACGGCCCGGGUGUCGGAGCCCUUCUGCGAGACAGAAGGUUCCCAGGUCCCGGCGCGGCGCCAGAAGAACCGGGACUUCCCGGCGAGCGCGAGGCGCCGGCGGUCCGGUUCCGUGCCGGAGCGCCGGGUGAACUGCGUCCUGGUUGGAGACGGAGCGGUGGGCAAGAGCAGCCUGAUCGUGAGCUACACCACUAACGGAUACCCCGCUGAAUACGUGCCCACGGCGUUCGACAACUUUACCGUGGUGGUGGUGGUGGAUGGGAAGCCGGUGCGGCUGCAGCUGUGUGACACGGCUGGACAGAAGUGGGGGCUGCUCGAUGGAUCAGUUAACGAUGAGCUGGAGCUCCUGCGGCCGCUGUGCUACAGGAACGCUGACGUCUUCCUGCUCUGCUACAGCGUGGUCCGCCCCUGCUCCUUCACCAACCUCACCGACAAGUGGCUCUCAGAGAUCCGGCAGCACUGUCCCGGCGCUCCGCUGGUCCUGGUGGGCACCCAGCUGGACCUGAGAGAAGACGUGCAGGUGCUGAUCCAACUGGCGCAGAACCAGCAGAGGCCCGUGAGCACAGAGGAGGGCCAGCAGCUCGCCCAGGAGCUCGGCGCGGCGGCUUUUGCCGAGUGCUCGGCGCUGACUCAGAAGAACCUGAAGGACACCUUUGACUCGGCCAUCCUGGCCAGUUUCCAGCAAGCGGAAAGUGUCACCGUCCAGCAGCAGAGGAUGACUCUGCUGAGGAAGACUCCCGACAAGAUCAAGAACCUGUCGGAGACGUGGUGGAGGAAGAUCGGCUGCCUGGUGGGAGAGCAGAGCUGUCAAAGCAAAUGAAGACAAGCAGACAGCUCCCUUUGCUUUUCCUCCACUGAUGAUCCUUUCAAAUACUCAUUUAUUUAUUCAUGUAUACAUUUGUUUCCACUGCCAGCACUGAGCGCGCUCAGAAGCCUUGAUUAAACGUUGCCCCCCCCCCCCCCCUCCCGCACACAUGCUGCUAAGUGAUUUUGCUGUAAUCUCAGGCUAAUCCAAAGAUCAAAACUCCACCCUGCUUUCUCCACGAGGUUAAUAGAAGUAGACAGGACCACCUGGACCAGAUCAGGCCAGCAUAUGGACCCCCCCCAAACAACCAUGUUGGGUCAAGGUGCACGGCGAGCAGAGUCUUCCUCAGAUCCCUCUGUGUAAAAGUUAUGACAGUUUGUCAUGAGAACAUUCAGUUUUUACGACGUGAUCACAUUUCUGAUGUUCUUUUGACAUUCUUUUAUAAUAAAUUCUUAUAUAAUAAAUUUUA